CAUAUCGAAUGCGUAAAAACAUCUGCUGGUGUUUCGAGCGAUUGCACGAGCUUUCCUCGAAAAAUCGAAAAAAUAGUUGGAAUCUCCUGUUUUGUGUCGAUUGGUAAUCGUUAAGAUAUUGCUGGAUAAUAGUUUUUCGAAAAUUGUGAGUGCACACGUGAAAAUUCGGUUUACUACAGGAUCUGGUCGAAUAUAAUCGAAUUAUACGAAGAGCUAACUAACCUUGAGUGUCCUGUUUCUUCAGCAGGUCAUACCAGUUUACUCACUAUCGACUAAGAGGAAACCGAGAUGAGUACCACAUCCGCAUCUGGCGAUGCUGGAACCGCUGCUGGUGGAGACGGUGGAGAGUGUGGGUCUACUGGAGGUUUCCAGGGCUUGGCAAAAAAGACCAACGUCUGUCUGAUAUGUGGUAUCUAUACCAAUCUGUCGCUGAAUAUUUUCGAACCCCGGAACGGACCCAACAUACGGGAGGUCAUCUACCAGAAGUACAACUUUCGGGCCGAACGCGGUGACAACGAGGAAAAGUAUAUUUGUUACAGUUGUAACAAUUGGCUCAUCAACUGGUAUUCACUGCAACAUCUGUCCGAAUCUCGGACCUAUGAAUCCACACCAUCGUCCAGUCGGUCCCAGUCUGAAAAUCGCCAGAAGCGGUCAAAAAAUGAACGUUCUCAUUCCAACUCGUCGCCAGGGUCCAGCAGAAACAAGGAAAAUCUCGAGCAAGACGAUCAGGUGUCCUCCACUGUAAAGACACCCGAAAAGGAGAAUGAUUCACCAAAGCGAAAACCAAAACGACCGAUACGCAGCAUUCUUAGAGAGUCUAAUCAACAGCAAAACCAGUGUUCAAACAGCGCAAAUCUAGUCAAACCGUUUGAGUCCCAUUUGAUUCGAAUGCUGGAAAAUCAAGGAACAAGCGUUAUCAAAGAGAAUGUCCCGCUUAUCGAAGGACCAAGACCAAACUCUUCCUAUCAAGCCAAAUUAUCCACCGCGACCGGCAAUAAACCUCAAGUAGAAUGUUCGGCUGUCAGCAAUGAAAUUAUUCUGAGUUUUAAUUCUGCUCUUUCUGAAGUAGUGCCAUCGCUUCAGUUACUUCGAAAUGCGGAGAUGGACGAAGCAGAACUGACUUCUUCGUUGGAAAUACGAGAACAGUUUCUUAAAACUCAUCGGAUGUCACGUUCGCUUUCGAUAUCUCUCAUCGAUAGCAACCCGCCGAACAUCAACUCAAUGCAGCACGAGUAUUAGAGCUCUGGAACAUCGUACGCAUUUAUCCCUAAACUUGUCGAAUUAUAAAGCUUCCUGAAUCUCAUAUUUUACACUUGAUUUGGACAAAAUAGCAUGUUCAGUGACAGAUUUACAGGAGCGAUGCAUGUAGGAUUGCAAUGAUAUUUUAUUCAUUCCAUUGAACAGUAGUACAAUCCUUUUUUUGCUACUAUUCUCCACCGACUUAGUAGGAAACCACACCAAAAAAUUAUGAAUCAAAUUAAGCUAGUUGUGUUAUAGAGCUAAUACUCUGAAAGUAGAUUAAGUUAGCACAUCAUCGUGCGUUAUCGAUCUCGAUUCUCAUCACAAUCUUAAAACUGUUUUCACAUAAUCCCCGAUAGCAUUUAGGAAGUCUCCUGGUAUUUUAUUGUGCAGAAAAAAAAAACUAGCCUAUAUUUGUCGCCAGUGCAGUUAUUCAGAUGUUUUAGGGUGAUUCAUUAGCAGAUUAAUUAUUGGAAUACGAUGUUACAUGUUAAGAAGAAUGUUGUACCGGUGAAAAUGAAGACGUUUAUUAGUUAAAAAUGUGCUGAAGUGAAGGCAUCUUUUAUUUCGGAAUAUUUUUUUUAUUGUCCACAGUAUUAGUUAGCGAUUUUGUUUAAGUUUCACGAAUUAGCAUUGUGUUCAUUGUAUUCACAGCCAUAACCAUAACGAAUUGUUUGGUACCUUAAUAUGUCAUAUAAUAAUUUAUUGCGAAGUGAAUCGUUCGCUAAAGCUAAAUUGCGAAAUAAACUGCAAUGAUUACUA